AGUGAUGUGUUUAUGAUUUUUUUUUUUGACAAACAGAAUGCUAAAUUAACACCCUAAAAGAAAGAGAAAAGAAAAGAAUGCUAAAUAAACAUAUUUAUAUGAUAUAUGAAUGGGUUUAUUGAUUUAUUGUGAUGGUCACUUGUUUAAACAAAUCUUUGGUUACAUUUAGAAUUAAAAGAUUUGAGCAAAGGGUUUCAAAUUCAUAAUAAUAAAUUCUUAAUGAAGAAAUAAAUAGUUAUAUUGCUCAAAGAAUCGAAGAUAGUUAGUAUAGAAACUGCGUUUACGGCAAGUCGGGGAAUGUCCGAAAAUAUGUUCCGAAAAGAUUUUGUCACACUUGAUGAAUAAAGAUUUGGCUUAUAUAUAAAAUAUUAUGUUUCUUUUGCAGGUGAUUUUUUUUCAUUUUUUUUUUGAAUUCGAGACGAUCGUUUUUUUGCCAAUGGGAAAUCAUAUUGCCGAAGUUGUCGACGGACUGCCAUCAGCCAGAAACAUUAAGGUGCAUGCUCGAAUGUGUUCGGAACUAUUACAAGCGGUCAUUAGGGUAUCGAGAAUAUUUCCCGAAAUAGAAGGGGCCCGGCCCGGUUGCUCCUCGGGAAUCGACGCACUUUGCUUAUUAAACAAUGGUAUCGUCAAAGCCAAGUCUUUGCUACAGCACUGCAGUGAGUCCAGUGUACUUUAUUUGGCACUUACCGGAGAAGCUAUUUUGUCGAGAUGUAAAAAAUCGAGGAAUUUGUUGGAGCAGAGUCUCUGUCAAAUUCAAAAUAUGGUUCCGGUGAUGCUUGCCGCUAAGAUAUCCGGAAUUAUUGCUGAUCUUAGGAGUGUUCGAUUUCAUUUGGAGCCAAUCGAGGAGGAAGCUGGAAGGGUACUUCGGGAAUUACUCCAUAGAUACGGUUCCACCGUCGAUUCAACCGAAGAAGCUGCGCUUUCCGCUAUACACACCGUUUCAUCCCAUCUUCACAUUUCAUCCCAAACAUCUCUACUAAUUGAAAAACGAUCCAUCAAAAGGCUGAUCGAUAAGUUCGGCGAGAGCGAACCGAGCAAGAAAAAGAUCCUACUAUUCCUCCUCAACCUCCUCAAUAAAUACGGCAAAAUCAUCGGUAACGAUCGAAAUCAACAAGAUGGGUUUUCGGAUCGAGAAGACCCGUUUCCGUUUUCGAACCCGUAUAGCUUACCGGGCGAAGUGGAGCUCCGCGUGGGUUACGGGCCGAACGUCCAAGUCUUGAGUAGGCCCGUACCCCCCGAGGAGUUCAUGUGCCCGUUGUCUUCGAGGCUAAUGUACGACCCUGUCGUAAUUUCUUCGGGUCAAACGUACGAGAGAAUGUGGAUCCAAAAAUGGUUCGACGAGGGCAACGACAUUUGCCCCAAGACGAAACGGAAAUUGACCGAUUUGUCCUUCACCUCAAAUACGGGCAUCAAAGACCUAAUCACGAAAUGGUGCACUGCCCAUAAUUUGUCAGUUCCCGACCCUCAAUAUCAGGAAUCCCUCGUUAGGAAUUCGUGGGAGACUCCGACGAAUUCAAUCGUCAGCAUGACGAGCUCGAUGAACGAUUUAUAUCUACCGUCGGAUUAUAGCAAUGUGUCGUUCGGGUUGGGUCCGGAUUCGGAUCUUUCGUACACCAAGAUGAGAAACGACGUGAAAAAAUCCCGUGAAAUAGAUCCGGCGAUUUUUUCCGAGUUUAGUACGCUCCCUUGGGAUUCUCAGUGCGACGCGGUUGGGGAUUUGAAAAGGGUGUUCGAACUCGACGACGGAUCUUUGUCGGUGAUUCCUUUCGGAAAGUUCGUUAACCUAAUCCUUCGGUUUUUGAAGGAUGCGCGCGAUCGUAUUGACGUGGAAGCGCAAAUGACUGGAUUCGUGUUAUUGUGCGAAUUUGUGGAGAAACACGGAAACAAUAUACCGUGCAUUAAGGAAGACGACUACGCCCUAUUGGCAUCGUUCCUCGACACGCAAUUCUCCAAACAAGCCCUCAACAUACUCGGGGCGCUCUCCUCCAACAAAAGCUGCCGUCAAAAAAUCGCACAAUCGGGCGCCCUCACUGCAAUCCUAAACAUCCUCGACGGCAAAAUUCAAGAUUUGCUCGAACCCGCCUUAAAAAUACUGACGAAUCUGUCCUCGAGCAACGAAGCAAUCGCAACUCCCUCAGAUUUCAUCCCGAAGCUAGUUCCGCUCCUCGAAGACGACGCUCUGGCGAGGUACGCCAUAGCCAUUUUCAAGAACGUGUCCGGGAACGAAGACGCUAGAAUCUCGAUCGCCGAGAGCAAAAACUGCAUCGAUCUAAUCGCGAAACUGCUCGAGAAAGACGAUUUAGAAGAUCAAGAAUGCGCGGUUAGCGUGCUUCUUUCUUUGUGCCUUAACUGCGGUCCUUAUUGUAAGUUGGUGAUGGAAGAGGGAGUUAUCCCGGGACUCGUGACCGUUUCGAUUAACGGGAAUCAGAAGGCGAAGGCGAUGGCUAUGGAGCUGUUGAGGAUCUUGAAAGACGAGUUUAAUAAUACGACCGCCGAAGAAAUCCCCGCAGCGGAAGUUGGUGUUGUCUUGUUGGCAGAAAAACAGUGUAAAGACGAAAAAGCCCCUACGAAACGACCGGGGUUGUUCGGGAAAUUGUUCUCGAAACCAAGGGCGUUCGGCGGAAAGAAGAAAAGAUAGUAAACAAUCUAAUCCAAAUUUAGUUUGCUUGGUUUCAUGGUUAAGAUAUUAUGAUUGCCUUAGUUUUUUUUUUUUUUUGUGUGUGUAGAUAUUUUGCUUGAACAAAGCUCUGAUUAGUAUUAAUUAUUAUGUAUAGUUUUGUAUUUUACAGCUACUUGUGUUUUUCUUUUUUUUUCUUUUUUUUUUUUUUUUUUUUUUACUCAUAGGAUAGGUUUUGAUCCAUAGUGACUAAAUUUUGGUCAUAUAUUAGUGUGAUUUGUUUAUAGAAAUUUUUUGGAGUUGUACUUGUGUUUCUCUUUGUCACUUGGGGCUGUUUGGCUAAACUUAUUUUAAAUAAUUGAUAAGCUUUUAUGGCUAA